GCCUGCCCUCUGCGAAUGAGCUAAGUUUCGUCGCAUGAGACAUGACUGACUCAUACCUACCCUACAGUGUACACUAACCACUCACAGAUCGGCGGUGCUGCAAACCGUGAAACGAGCUAGAAUCCCUCCGCUUCUGGACCCGCAGCCCAAUACUUACUCGCACCUAACUAUUUUAUUCCAGCUCAUUUUCUUUCUUUCUCUAGCUCCGAAGUCGCCUCGGUGCGUUGCUGGUACUGACUAUAUAACUUGGCGCGCCCUCGUCAGAUAUCUCUCUGUCUGAUAUUGGAAGGAGCGAGUCUGCAUAUUUAAUUUGGGCAAUCCAUUUAUUCUCUGAUACCUCGAUCCCAACCCUAGUCCCCGCCACUUUCGAAUCCUCAUACCAUAAGAGGUAUAUACGCUCUAGCGAUGGCCCAUCAAGCGCAGGCGGAGCUAGACUCCAAUGCCCUGCGCACAGGUGCUUCGGAAUCAACCCUAAACGGCAACGAGAAGAGCAUCGAUGCCUCCAGCAUAGCCGGCGAAGAGCCGACACACCAGAAGCCAGCGCCUGCAGUUGGGGAGGAAGCCGGCGAUGAGGCCGAUGGAGCACCGGCCGAGAAUGCGCUCUCCAAGACGCCAUCUCAGGCACAGCAGAUUGGCAAGAGCAGAAUCGUCUUGAUUAUGCUGGCGUUAUGUAUAUCGGUUUUCUUAGCCGCUCUCGAUAUGACUAUUGUUUCAACCGCCCUCCCAGUCAUGGCCGCGCAUUUUCACGCUACUCAAAGCGGGUAUUCGUGGAUGGCCUCGUCUUACCUGCUAGCCAACUCCGCCUGCAUUCCAUUCUGGGGCAAGCUCAGUGAUAUUUUUGGCCGCAAGCCUAUUCUUCUGAUCGCCAACGCCCUGUUCUUAGUCGGCAGUCUGGUUUGCGCCCUGUCUAAUAGUCUCGCCAUGAACCUGGUCGGUCGAUCUAUACAGGGUGCUGCUGGCGGUGGUCUGAUUUCCCUGGCGAAUAUCACUGUCUCUGAUCUGUUCAGUGUCAGAGAACGUCCGAUGUAUUACGGCCUGUUUGGUGUAACCUGGGCUGUUGCAGGAGCUCUCGGCCCAGUCAUUGGCGGCGCCUUCACAACCAAGGUUACCUGGCGAUGGUGCUUCUAUCUGAACUUACCCGUCGGAGGCAUCUCCUUCGUCAUCCUGACCCUCUUCCUCAAAGUCCACACUCCCAAAACCCGUCUCAUCGACGGCCUCCUGGCCAUCGACUGGCUGGGCGUGCUCACCAUCACCGGCGCAACACUCAUGUUCCUCUUCGGCCUCGAAUUCGGCGGCCUCGACUAUCCCUGGAACUCGGCCACGGUCAUCUGCCUGAUCGUCUUCGGCAUCCUGACCUUCGCCAUCUUUGGGCUGAUCGAAUGGAAAGUCGCCAAAUACCCGAUCAUCCCGCUGCGUAUCUUCUCCAACCGCCACAACAUAAUGGCCUUCCUGGUCUGCUUCUGCCACGCCUCCGUGUUCAUCUCAGGCUCCUACUACAUCCCACUCUACUUCCAAUCCGUGCUCCUCGCCACGCCCAUCCUCUCCGGCGUCUACACCCUCCCACAAGUCCUCGCCCUCUCCGUUGUCUCCGCCAGCAUCGGCGUCGUGAUCAAGAAAACCGGGAAAUACAAAUACGCCAUUGUCGCCGGUAUGGGCAUCAUGACGCUCGGUUUCGGCCUAUUCAUCGACCUAAAACCGUACGCCAGCUGGCCGCGAAUCAUCAUCUACCAAAUCAUCGCCGGUGUAGGCACGGGGCCCAAUUUCCAAUCCCCGCUCGUCGCCAUCCAAGCAAACAUCCGGCCCGCCGACAUGGCCAUGGCAACAGCCACCUUUGGCUUUGUGCGGCAACUCGCCGCCGCAACCUCGAUCGUGCUCGGCGGCGUGAUCUACCAAAACGUGUUUGCGCAGCAAAUCCCGCACCUAACCACCAUCGUCGGCCCCGAGACGGCCGCGAAACUAGCGAAUUCGUUCUCCGGCGGCGACAAGGCGUUGAUCGAGUCGCUGCCGCUGGACCAGCAAGAUGCAGUCAAAGCCGCGUUCACGUUUGCCUUGAGCCGUGCGUGGAUCUUUUAUACUGCUAUUGGUGGCGUUGGGUUUGUGCUGAGCUUUUUCGUUAAGCAGCUCGAGCUUAAUAAGUCGCAUGCGGUGGCCAAGACGGGCCUGGAGGAGCAGGAGAAGGCGCGCCUGGCGAGAUUGGCCGCGAGAAAGGAGAGUAAGGCCGAGAUGAGCAAUGAGAAGACCGAGGUUUGAGUGGUAGAAGUGGAAAAAAAAAAAAAAAAAAAA